AAAAAUUUAGUGUAGUAUAAGUUUACAUACAUUGACAUAGAUUUUUGGUGCUAAUUAGUUAUUCUUGGUGAACAAAGUAUAAGUUUGGUUACACGGGAGAAAUGAUAGUUUGAAUGCCCUCAAGAGAAAUACUGAUUCAAUGCAGACGCGUAACUAGGAAGGAGUAAAAAAUGAAGAUUUGAAAUGGUGUUUUUUUUUUUUAUUUUCUUUUCUCUGAAAAACGAAUCUGAUUAUGUUAACUACUACUCCUACAUCUGGAAAAAGGAGGAAGCUCCACACCUCUCUUGCUGUUAUUAAAAAAAACAAAAAAAACCAUUUGUUUAUAAAUGGAGUGGAGAGGAGGGCAACCUCAUUUCCAGAUAUAUAUUUACAUUUUAAUUUCUUCUUCUUUAUAAAAAAGGAUUUCACUUUUAUUUCUUAAAUUCCAAAGCCAAAAAAUUAGUAGCAGUGUUAGUGCGAUUUGUUGUAGAUUUUUUUAAACUAAAAUAAGAUUAUAGUUAGUUAUUAUAGAUCUGCUGUAUAAAUAGCAACGCUCUCACAUCGUUUUUGAGAGCGCCAGUGAAACAGAAAGAUAUAUCACACACACACACACACACACAGAUUUCCUGUAAGUUGUUGCGGAUUCAUUCUAGAGUUUUGUAGCUUUUCUGCUGGGAACCGGAGAUUAAUUUGAAUAUUGUUCAUCUGCCGCCGGUGGGAACUGAGAAUCUGGGGAUUCCGGAUUUCCCCCAAAUUCAAAUAUGACUGGGUUUCCAGGAAAGACGAUUUCGGAUGCGUGGACAUGGAUUGAAGACGGAGCUGGGAGUCACAAUAUGGAACUACUGAUGAAUGAUGCUGCCGUCCCCGGCGGUGGUUACGAGGUGCUGCAACCUCAUGGAUUGUUCAACUUCAACCACCGUGAUCGACUUGAAAAGUCUAAAAAGGCUCCUAAGAUAGAGGAAGAGCAAAUAAUUGGGUUUGAUAGAGCAGUUGAAGAUUUGAGCCAACUUCUUGCAAAAGGAUCUGAACAAUUCCAGGUGAUUUCUAUUGUGGGAAAGAUAGGAAAUGAGAAAACAACAUUAGCGAAAAAGGUUUUAAAACAUCCGGAUGUUGAUUAUGAGUUCAUGAUUCGAGCAUUUGUCCAUGUAUCAAAAGAAUAUGAGACUAGGCAGGUUUUCCUCAAGAUUUUGAGUUCUUUUGGAAAAAUCAAAGAUGAUGUAAAAAAGAUGCCUGAAGAUCAACUACGCAAACAUCUCCAUCAACAAUUACAAGGGAAGCGUUAUUUGGUCAUCUUGGAUGAUGUUCUCAAGGAAGAUGAUUGGGAUAGAUUCAAAUCUGCUUUUCCCCACAACGACAAGCGUUGUAGAGUCCUAAUAACCACUUGCAACGAAGAUGUGGUGAAAAAUUUGAACCCGGAAAUUCCUUUUUAUAGGCUGGACUUCUUGCGUUUGGAUCAGAGCUCAGAGUUAUUCCGCAGGAAAGUUUUUGGCAAUGAAAAUUUCCCUGAGGAGUUCCAGCCAUAUGAGUUGCAGAUCAUGGAAAAUUGCAACGGCUUACCUUUGGCAAUAGUGGUCAUUGCAGGUGUUAUACACCAUGAUCGAUACAAUGGUGAGCACUGGAAGUUAGUGGCUGAUAGUAUCAAGGACUGUGAUGCUAGAGAUCAUAAUCAACUAACCAAAAUGAUAGAGCUUGUGUACAGUUACCUGCCAGACCCCUUGAAGCCUUGUUUUACAUAUCUCGGGGUUUUUCGCGGAGACUUCGAGAUCCCAGUAUGGAAAUUGAUUCGGUUAUGGAUUGCGGAAGGUUUGAUCAUACAGCCGGCAGGAGAUCCGAACUCGGAAGGUAUUGCGGAAUGGUACCUAGAAGAGCUUGUUUGCAGAAACUUAGUGAUGGUUGGAAAGAGGAGAUCAUGUGGAAAGAUGAAAACGUGUCGAGUUCAUGACACAUUACUUGAGUUCUGCAAGAAGAAAGGUAUGCAAGAAAAUAAGGAAAUAACCAAGGAUAAUGAAGUUGUUUUGGAUCACCAAUAUACUCGUCUUUACAUCAACAACGUCAAUGUUCGCGAUUAUAUUUCAAAAAGGCCUUCAAGCAACGGGCGUGUUCUCUCUUUCUUAACUUUUCCAAAGGAAGAUGGAACAAUUGUGGAGCCAAAAUUUGUGAAUUCUAUUCCAAAAGCCUACAAAUUUCUGAAGGUGCUAGAGGUUGAAUCACUCAUUUUCACUCGAUUCCCAAUCGACCUAAGCUAUCUUUCUCAUUUAGAAUACAUAGCCAUUUCUUCAACCUUCACUACUCUUCCUCCUGUGAUGUCUACCAUGAAAGACUUGAAAACCCUUAUAGUAAACACAUCAUCUCCAACCCUAGCAAUCAAUGCAAACAUAUGGAAGAUGCCUCAUUUCAGACACCUGCAUACCAAUUCAUGUGCAACUUUGCCACCCCCAGAAGCAGGAAACAACAAAACCGAGCAGACUAUCCAAACACUGUCCACCAUCUCUCCUGAAAGUUGCAGAAAAGAAGUCUUUGAUCAGGCACCAAAACUCAAGAAGCUAGGGAUAUUCGGGGAGUUAAACAGGCUUUUCGGGGUCAAGGGAGAAUCCAGUGUUUUUAAGAAUCUUGGCAGAUUGGAAUGCUUGGAGAACUUGAAGUUGCUGAAUGAUGAUAUGAACUCCAUUUCAUGCGUACUUCCCCCAGAGGAAAGCUUUCCAAAAAAUUUAAAAAGCCUCACUCUUGAAAACACAUUACUAGAGUGGAGGGAGAUGUCUACAUUGGGAAAGCUAGAAUGUCUUCAGGUUCUCAAGUUAAAGAUUUAUGCAUUCCAAGGGAAGUUUUGGAAGACGGAAGGGGGAGGUUUCUUGUCUCUGAAUCACUUGCAAAUCGGACACACGGAUUUGGUUGUAUGGGAGACUUGGGCAGAUCAUUUCCCGGAACUCAGGUGUCUUCAUGUGGCGCAUUGCAAUGAACUUGAGGCUUUGCCACAGGAUUUGGCUAACAUUUCCAGCCUGAAAUCAGUUGUUCUUCACUGCAACAAUCCAACGGUGGCUGCUUCAGGCGCGAAAUUACAGAUGUUGAAGCUGCAGGAACAGUCUCAAAAUGGCAGUUUUAAACUUUUUAUUUAUCCUCCGGACCAUCGACCACAUGGAGUUUAAGUUUAUAUCUGUCUCUUGUAAUAUUUCACAAAUUAAGGUUGUAACUACUAUCCUGUUGGGAAGUCUCUGGAUUGACAUGUCAAAUCUUUUUUUUUUUUUUUUUUAUUUUAAAUCUCAACAUAAUCCAAUGCGAUUAAGCUUUCCUUUUUGUCAAAUGACAUAAAUGUAUUCACUAGAGCUUUAACACAAUUUAGGGAGAAAUGGUCAAAAACUAUUUGAGGUUUUUAACGGUGGUACGUACCUGUAUAUUAAUAAUUACCUACCUGUGCUAUUGAGGUUGUUUACACUAAGUUCUCAGAUAUUUUAUUUAGUGGGAUGAGGUUCGUAUAUGGACGUAGUAUCAGAUAAAAACUGGAGAUAAAAUCA